UGUUGCUGUUUCAUGUUAACGGCGUCGAAAUUUGGAUUGUUUAAUUGACUAUUUUUGUAAUUUUGUAUCGGAAAUCGCAAGUAAAAGUGUGUCAAGAUGGUGAAACUUACUGCCGAAUUGAUACAAAUGAGCGCACAGUUCAUUAAUCCAGUUCGGGAUCGUCAGUUAGAUUUGAGAGGUUACAAAAUUGGAGUUAUUGAAAAUUUGGGUGCAACAUUGGAUCAGUUUGACUGCAUUGAUCUGUCAGAUAAUGAUAUUCGAAAAUUGGAUGGUUUUCCCCAGUUGAAGAGAAUAAAGUGUUUAUUGCUGAAUAAUAAUAGAGUUUGCCGAAUUGGUGAAAAUUUACAAGAAUGUUUGCCACAGCUUGAUACUCUGGUUUUAACAAAUAAUCACAUUCAAGAACUUGGUGAUAUAGAUCCUUUAAGCACUAUUGAAACCUUGACCACACUUAGCUUAAUGAAAAAUCCUGUGGCUUCUAAGAGGUACUAUCGGUAUUAUGUCAUUCAUAAACUUCCUCAGCUUCGCCUUCUAGAUUUUCGCAAAAUCCGAAUGAAGGAAAAAGAAGAAUCCGCAAAAUUAUUUAAAGGAAAGAGAGGAAAACAACUAGAAAAAGAAAUUGGAAAAAGAAGUAAAACUUUUGUUCCUGGUGCUAAUCUGCCUAGCACAUCUACUGCAGAAAAAUCUACUGGUCCAACUGCUGCAGAUGUAGAAGCAAUUCGGGAUGCAAUAAAAAAUGCAACUACGUUAGAAGAAGUCGAAAGACUGAAGCAAAUGUUGAAAUCUGGACAAAUACCUAAAAAAGAUGCUGGUUCUUCUAGGACAGAUGAAGAGAUGGAAACAGACUCUGCUGAUGUUAAUGGAAAAUAAAUUCAUUGUUUCUUAUGCAUCAGUACAUAACCAGUGGAUAUUACAAGGCCAUUCUUCAUCAAGAUUCUUGCUUCAUUUUACAUUUUGCUUAUCACUAUUGUAUAUAAUUAAUAAAAAUGUUAUCUUCUUA